CAAAUCCUAGAUGCAUUUAAGAGGAGGCAAGCUAGCUUUUGUUGUAUUGAGCUAGUUAGUGAGUAGUUCACACUAUAGGAUUAACCCAUAUGUAACCUUUGAGUAAAUUAACUUGAGUGUUAGACAUUUGUGACUUCAUUUCCUCUAGAUGUGGAUUUACUGUGUGAAUCACAUGUUGCAUAAAGGAUUUUACCUAGAGAAGAAAGCAUACAGCUUAUAGCAUCUGGUCUGUGUUACAUAGCUGACCAUAAUGGCUACAAGAUAGUGGCAAGGAUCGGUGUCUGACUGAGUCAAUACUAAGGCAGGCCAGUAAACAUGUAAUAGCUAUAUUGAGAACUAAAUGUUGAACUACAAGUCAAGGCUAUUAUUGUGUAGUUAUUUUCAAGUGUUUUAAUGUGGGUUAUUGACUGCCAGUGCUGUGUGUGCUUGCUGCUUUUUUUUUUACAUUCUGUGGAGAGGCUGACUGAGAUUUGUUGAUAUUGAUAUCAAUGAAUUAACUGGAGCAGAAGGCAAUUAUCUAAUGGAUUUUUUUGUACAGUCAAGCCAUUGGUUUAUUCAACUGCUUAUAUUAUGUAGCAAUGGUGGAGACAUUUUGUUAAAUUUGUGUUAAAUGGAGACUUAAAAAUGAUUUUGUGCAUGCCUCAUCAGUGAAUUAUAUUUUGUUGCCAUUUAUUUGCAUUUAUGUGAAACAUUUUAAUUCAGGGUUUAUUAGCUUAUCAGGUAUUGUGGUUUAUGAUAGCCUCUUUACAAAAAAAUAUUUGUUGUAAUUUACAUAGUUUAUUGUUUACAACAUAUCUACCUCAAAAUGUCUCGACGCAAGGAUUUAACAUUAGGAGAAAAACUCAAAGUUAUUCAAGCCAUUGAUGAGAAGAAGUCGCAGAAUUUGAUUGCACAAGAAUUUGAAGUAUCUCAAUCCACCAUUUCUCGAAUUGCUAAAAAUCGAGAGCACAUUAUCAAUCUAUUCAACAAAAUUGGAAAUGGUCACAGAAAACGGAAACGAGAGGGGAAAUCCAUGGAUGUUGAAAUAGAACUGUUAAAAUGGUACCACUCAUUUUCAGAUGCCCCAAUCACAAGUAGUAUGUUACUCGAAAAAUCAAAGGAGAUCGCUUUAAACAUGGGUUUUUUCGAAUUUCGUCCCACCACCGGAUGGCUUCAAAGAUGGAAGGAGCGGAAUAAUCUGAUACCUCGGAAAGAAUUGUCGGAAUCUAUUCUUGAGACGUCCGUUGUGGAUGAAUCGUAUGCGGGGGCUUGUUUAAUCGAAGAGAGUUUAUUAAAAGUGCUAGAAAUUUAUCAACCAGAAGACAUAUUUAAUUGUAAAGAGACUGGAUUGUAUUAUAAUGUUAUGCCUGAAUGCUUACAGAGAAAAAGUGAACAAGAUAGUGCCAGUCAGUCAGAUGAUGCUACAAAUGAUCGAAUGACACUUUUACUAUGCUGUAAUAUGGCUGGGUCUGAGAAACUGAAGCCAUUGAUUAUCUGUAACAAUACAACAGUGAAAUUAGAGGAUAAUGAAGCUCCUGUUAUUUACAAGACAAACAAUUAUGGUCUUAUGACAACUGAUUUGUUUACAUCCUGGCUCGAAGAUCUGGAUAAAAGCAUGGAGAAAGACAAAAGACAAAUUUGUAUGAUUCUGAAUGAUUGCGAAGAACAUACCUCUCGUCGCCAGUUAAAUAAUGUCCGUUUGGUUUAUGUACCACAAGGAACUACCUCAUUCACCCACCCACUCAAUCAUGGUAUUAUACAGAAUCUCAAAGCCCUAUAUCGUCAACAGACCAUAUCAAAGAUCCACAUAGAAAAAUCGGACGAUGCCGAUACCCCAUCAUCAAAUGUCAAACUGAGUGUUCUCGAUGCUAUUUACAUGCUCAGUGAAUCGUGGGAUCAGGUCAAACAAACCACGGUACAGAACUGUUUUGUUAAAUCUAUGAUGGGUGCUGCGUCCGUUAGUGAUCCGUCGGAAGCCACCGACUCGGAUGUUGUUAGUCCACCACAAAAUAUGACACUGGAAGAGUUCAAUAAAUUUGUAAACAUCGAUGACAAUAUUAUGUGCUUUGCCCACCUCCCAUCUCCUCCCAAACCACACAGGGACUCACCCUCAUUAGGUGAUAUGCUAGCCAACAUAGAAAGAAAAGUGAAAGCCGCCACAGCAGCAGAAAGCACACUUAACAGUAGUCCCCCAACACACAGGUCAACACCAUCUCAAAGCCAAAUUUCAGAAAAUGCAUCACCCAUGAAUCUAGCCAAAGAGAAAUCCAUCGGGACACUGUCAAAUAGUGCCAACUCUAGCCGAAAUCAAAGCCCAGUCAUGUUUGAAGGGGAAAAUGUACGUAAGAAGAGCAAGUUAGAUAUUGCUCACCGAUUAAUGAAUGGAGAAGACAAGUCAUCUAGUCCUAAAUUACCAAGUACAUCAUCGAGUCAUUCAAAAUCACUGACAUCAUCAUCAUCCACUUCAUCGAAAUCAACACCUCAUAUGAUGCCCAACAUGGCUGCCAAUCCUUUUGCCCAGCUUCAAAUGAUCAACAUGAUGCAACAACAACUAAAUCCUAUGUUAGCAUCAAACAAUCUGUCGGCAGGUUUAAAUCCAUUUAUUCAGGGAGCCACCCAAAAUCCUUCCCCGCAGGAUGCGCUUGUAGCGUUAGGAACUCUCAGACAGUAUCUUGAAUCUCGAGGGGAUGAGGCCAGUCUUGGAGCAUUUUAUGUCUUUGAUUCACUCGUUCGCUACAGCAUUAUGCGCAACUUACAACAAAGAAUGUGAAAUGUGAAACGUGCCUAUAUAUUAUGAUGAUAACCAAUGAAAAUGCCCAGUGUAAAUAGGUUUCAUUAACAUCAUAGUAAGAAAUGUUAUCAAGUUAAAUUUUGUGUCAAAUUGUUGAAUGUUAUACUAAUUGUGUAGUUCGUGCACUACGUGUAGGUGACCACCCACAAAUUUACAAGAACUAUUUAUAUAGUCCAUUUGUCCUCACACAGUAAACAAUAUUUUUGUAUAAAAAGUUACUUACAUAUCAGGGUUCUAGUUAAUUGUGCCUAAUGUUGUAAAUUCACAGAUCGAUUAUUAUAUAGUUUAUAUUCAAAGUUACAGAAGCACUUUUUCAUAUGUUGUUGCCUACUUAAAGAAAUUGUUUACAUGUAAAUUACAAGUUUGUCAUUAUAUAUUGUUAUUUAACUAUACAUUUGCUUUUUGUACAUAUUGUGUACUCUUGCAAUACUCAGGUGCACUCCGGCAACAUUCAGGUCAUAUAAAAAAAAAAAAAUCAAAUAUUUUCGUAAAUAAUUAUUAACCAUUAUUAUUAUUAUUGUAAAAAAUUGGCGUUAACUACUUACAAACAUUUAGAAGCAUCAGGCCUCCUUUUUUUUUUCUUUUUUUUUUGCUAUAUUUAAAUUUACAUUUAGUUCAUUGAUGUCCAUUUAUUGCUAAUGUGAUGGUGAUGACAUUGUUAUUGUCUAUUUGAAAUAUGAAUUAAUCAUUCAAAUGAAAAUACCUCGGUGAUUUUUUUUUCUUUUCACUUUAUAUGAAAUGUUUAAUUUAAUUAUUUUCCUUCAUUUAUACCUCAAAGAUUAGGUCUACCUCAUUAUGAACCAAAAUGAACCAAUUUUCAGUUUAUACUUUUUUGAAUUUUCAUGAUUUAUUGUAUUCCAAAGUAUGUGUAUUGGUAUGUUAAGUAUACAUGUAUGUAUCUAUUCAGUAUAUGUGUCUAGAAAUGCACAAUGGUUGUUUGAUGGUUUAGCACAUUAUGCUAGAAGCCAUUGUGAGUUAUCUCCCUUAAAAUGUGCCAGUCCCAUUUCAUAUCCUUUGUAUUACUAUUAUACUUUUUGAAAUAUCAAAGUAUUAUAUUUAAAUAUUUUAUUUCUGUUUAUGCUUUUGUUCUCAAAACUCAUUAUCUUUGCUAAUUAAUUAUAUAUUUCUAAUGAAGUAUCAUGCAUGUAUUACUUACUAGUAAACAUAUUAUAUUUACAUUAAAUGUUGCAAUAUCUUG